UGGUAGAAUACAAAUAAUAAUUAAUUAAUUAACUAAUAAGAUUAAUAUAGUUGAUUAUACAAAAUUAUUUACAUAAAAUGAUAAUGGAGAAUUUUAUUAACUCAAAUCUAAUUGAUUUUUAAUACUUGAAACCAAGCGUAAAUGGAAAAGUAAUAAGUAAUCCUAAGACAUCAUGUCAAAACGAUGGUUAGGAAUAUUCACUAAUCUUUCUUCUAAUUCUUACUGCUUCAAUUUUAAAAAAAUUUUCGAAAUGUUAUUCUCAUCAUUAAUCAAUUCGCCGUUAAAAUGUUUAUUAAUGAUAUUAUUUUUAAUUGGUGCUACAUACGUAUGCUAUUUAUGGAAUGUAAAACUUAAUGAAACAAAUAAUCCAGUAUUUGCUAUUAAUUAUGCAUCUAUUGAUAAUCCAUUCAAUGAGUUACUAUGUCGCAGAUUAAAAUAUACACAAGUUGGUCACGUGAAAAUGCCUAAUAAAGCAUUAUUUUGGCCACAGAUACAAUAUAAAUAUACAUUAUCUCAAUCAAUAGAUUUUAUUUCAUCGAAUUCAUCACUGGAAAAUUUCAAUCCACAACAAAUAUUUGGAUCAUUUUACACUAAGUAUGAUGCCACGAAAAUAAAUAGUUACACUGUAUCAAAUAAUAGUUUGAGAUAUAUAAUUGAUAAGAAAAAUAACACUAUCAAUUAUACUACACCAAUUAUAUGGUCACCAUUAGGUUGUUUACCUAGUCUAUCAUCAGCUAUAAUUAUUCCCUAUCGUAAAAGAGAACAACAUUUACGAGUAAUAACAGAUCAUUUACAUGGAUUUUUACGACAUCAAAGAAUACCAUAUACCAUUUUUAUUAUUGAACAGAUCGGUGAAAGGAAAUUUAAUCGUGGUGCUUUAUUAAAUGCUGGGUUUCUUGAAGUUUCCAAAUUCAAAGAAUAUGACUGUUUCAUUUUACAUGAUGUAGACAAACUACCAGAAGAUGAUCGAAUUAUUUAUACAUGUGGACCAAAUCCGACACAUUUGUCAGCUUCAUUAAGUACUUUUAACUACGAAUUAAUUUAUCAAAGAUUUUUUGGUGGUGUUGUUACAUUCACUCGUGAUCAAUAUCUUAAGAUUAAUGGUUUUUCAAAUUUAUAUGAAGGAUGGGGUGGUGAAGAUGAUGAUCUUUUAUUACGUGUUGAACAGUCUGGUUAUAAUUUAAGCCGAAUCAAUUUAUUGAUUGGUCGUUAUUAUGCAAUGAGUCAUAAAACAGAUCAAUUAAAUGAAAGGAAUCCAGAUCGUUUCAUGUUGUUGGAAACUUCACAGCGUCGAUUUAAAAGUGAUGGAUUGAACAGUUUGAAGUAUAAUGUAACUCAAUCGAAAUCGAUGUACAAUGGUCUACUUUAUUGGAUUUCUAUUGAUAUACAUCCUAACAACCAGAAAUAAUUUGAUGUAAAAGUUGAGAAUAAAUAGGAAUAUACCUAUUUGUUUUUUGUCACAAGCACAUGUAAAAUGAUGAUGAUGAUAAUGAUACGAAAAAUAAUAUUGAUAAUGAUAGAACCUGUGUUAUCUUUUAUCGUUAAAGUAAAGUAUCUUAGAAACACUAUCACUUGAGUACUAUCUAACUAAUUUCUUUUCAUUGUACAAUCCAAUUUGUAAUGAUGUUUCGUUCAAUAUUUCACAUCAUCCAAUAUAGUGUUCAUAUUAUUAUAAAAAUUUUUGUGAUAUUUCAAUGUAAUUUAUACAUUUUCUUUCUAAUCUUUUGUUUUGUGUUCUUUUAACAUUGAUUACUGAAAUUAAGAAUAUUGUUACACAUUUCUUAUUUUAUAUUUUAACAAAUUAUGGUAAAAUUCUCAAAACUGUAGUGAUGAUUACUUGUUUAAUAUUACCAUAUAUAUCACCGAGGUCCUACGGUCUCGUAUACGAACGCGCAACCUAGAGACCAUUGAGCCAGGGUACAGUGGUACACAAGUCAACCUUCCACCAAUGAUAUUUCCAAAGUACUCACUUGAGACAAGUUUUUUACGACUCAGAAUUACGUGUAGUAGUUACAAAUAAGUUAGUCUUGGAACUAUAAUAUCCUUAUAGUACCAUUGCCACACUUAAAUUUGUUUGUUUUUGUCAAACCCUUCAGUUAAAUUAUUUGGAAGACUGUUAAUAAAAACAGUAACAAUUUGAUACGUUGGUAUUAUUAUUGUCUGUAUGAACAUAUAUGCUCGAUUGCAUAUGACAGCCUACGUACAUAUCCCUCUUUCUUACUUAAAUGUUAGUUCCCUAAAACACUGCUCGAAUACGUUUUGUUUGCUUGUGGCUUAGUGAUCUACGCUGUUCAAUUAUAAACUGUAGUCGA